UCCGGUUUUUCUCGUCGCCGUCGUCGAAGCCACGAUCGCUCGCCGGGAUCAUCACCACCAGUAGCGGCAACUAGCGACCGGUCGAGAUGGCGCGUUUCGUGGUCGCCGGCGCGUCGGAGUACCUGGCCAUCACUGGGUGGGGGAUCGACGACGUGAAGCUGGCGAAGAAGUCGUGGGUGUUCGCCGGGCAGCAGUGCAAGAAGUUCGACAUCUCGCCGGUGAACUACGAGUUCAACGUGCAGGCCAUGAGCGCCGAGAAGCUGGCCUUCAACCUCCCCGCCGUCUUCACCAUCGGCCCCAAGAUCUUGCCGCCGCCCGGGAACGACGCCUCGCGACAGGGUCAUCGCCGCGCUCUCAUGCCUGAGAGCGAGGAAGCGCUCCUCCUGUACGCCAAGCUCAUCGCGCCGCUCGACCAUGCGUCCAACCACGUGAAGGAACUCGUGAAGGGAGUGAUCGAAGGGGAGACCCGCGUGCUCGCCGCCUCCAUGACCAUGGAGGAGAUCUUCCAGGGCACCAAGAAGUUCAGGAAGGAAGUGUUCGAGCAGGUGCAGCUCGACCUCAACAAGUUUGGGCUCUACAUCUACAACGCCAACGUCAAGCAGCUCGUCGACGAGCCCGGCCACGAGUACUUCUCCUACCUCGGGCGGAAGACGCAGCAGGAGGUGGUGAACCAGGCGAAGGUGGACGUGGCGGAGGCGCGGAUGAAGGGCGAGGUCGGCGCCAAGGAGAGGGACGGGCUCACGCGACAGAACGCCGCCAAGGUGGACGCCGAGACGAAGGUGCUCUCGGUGCGGCAGCAGGGCAUCGGCCUCAGGGAGGAGGCCAAGGUGAAGUCGGAGGUGCAGGUGUACGAGAACGAGAGGGAGGCGGAGAUCGCGGCGGCGCAGGCCGGCCUGGCGAUGAAGAAGGCCGGGUGGGAGAAGCAGUCGAAGGUGGCUCAGGUCGAGGCGGUCAAGGCCGUCGCCAUUCGCGAGGCCGAGCUGCAAAUGGAGGUCGAGCGCAAGAACGCGCUGCGCCUCACCGAGAAGCUCAAGGCCGAGCAGCUCAGCAAGGCCACUGUCCAGUACGAGACACAGGUGCAAGAGUCGAACGCGGCGCUGUACAGCCGGCAGAAGGCGGCGGAGGCGACGCUGUACGAGCAGGUCAAGUCGGCGGAGGCCCGCAAGGCGCAGGCGGACGCCACGUUCUUCGAGCAGAAGCUGGCCGAGGACGCGAGGCUGUACGCGAGGCAGAAGGAGGCGGAGGCCCUGGCCAUGGUGGGCAAGGCCAAGGCGGAGUACGUGGCGUCGAUGCUCCAGGCGCUCGGCGGCGACUACGGCGCGCUCCGGGACUACCUCAUGAUCGACGGCGGCGUGUACCAGGAGAUGGCGCGCAUCAACGCCGGCGCCGUGAGCGGCAUGCAGCCCAAGAUCAGCAUCUGGAGCAACGACGGCGGCGCCAGUGGGGGCGGCGAGGCCGGCGCCGGGGCGAUGCAGCAGAUGGCCGGCGUGUACAAGAUGCUGCCGCCGUUGCUGUCGACGGUUCACGAGCAGACCGGCAUGGAGCCACCGUCGUGGUUGGCUACCCUGCAGCAGCAGCAGCAGCAGAUCGAUCGAUCGAUCGAGAUGGCAGUUUUCCUGGUGGCCGGCGCGUCGGAGUACCUGGCCAUCACCGGGUGGGGCAUCGACGACGUGAAGCUGACGAAGAAGGCGUGGGUGUGGGUGGGGCAGCGGUGCAAGACCAUCGACAUAACGCCGGUGACCUACGAGUUCACGGUGCAGGCCAUGAGCUCCGAGAAGCUGGCCUUCAAGCUCCCCGCCGUCUUCACCAUCGGCCCCAAGGUCAAGCGCAGCCCCGGAGAGGACGAAGCCGACGCCCAACGGCGACAAGAGUGCGAUGAGGAAGCGCUGCUACUCUACGCGAAGCUCAUCGCGCCGCUGCACCCGAGAUCUGACCACUUCAUCAACCUCAUCAAGGGCGUCAUCGAGGGCGAGACCCGCGUGCUCGCCGCCUCCAUGACCAUGGAGGAGAUCUUCCAGGGCACCAAGACGUUCAAGGACCAGGUGUUCAACCAGGUGCAGCUCGACCUCGACAAGUUUGGGCUCUACAUCUACAACGCCAACAUCAAGCAGCUGGAGGACGAGCCGGGGCACGAGUACUUCUCCUUCCUCGGGCAGAAGACGCAGCAGGAGGCGCAGAACCAGGCGAAGGUGGACGUGGCGGAGGCGCGGAUGAAGGGCGAGGUCGGCGCCAAGGAGAGGGACGGGCUCACGCGGCAGAACGCCGCCAAGGUGGACGCCGAGACGAAGGUGCUCUCGGUGCGGCAGCAGGGCGUCGGCCUCAGGGAGGAGGCCAAGGUGAAGUCGGAGGUGCAGGUGUACGAGAACGAGAGGGAGGCGGAGAUCGCGGCGGCGCAGGCGGCGCUGGCGAUGAGGCGGGCGGGGCUGGACAAGCAGUCCAAGGUGGCCGAGGUCGAGGCGGUGAAGGCGGUCGCCAUUCGCGAGGCCGAGCUGCAGAUGGAGGUCGAGCGCAAGAACGCGCUGCGCCUCACGGAGAAGCUCAAGGCCGAGCAGCUCAGCAAGGCCAUUGUCCAGUACGAGACACAGAUGCAAGAGUCGAACGCGGCGUUCUACGACCGGCAGAAGGCGGCGGAGGCGACGCUGUACGAGCAGGUGAAGUCGGCGGAGGCGCGGAGGGCGCAGGCCGACGCCAAGUUCUUCGAGCAGAAGAUGGCGGAGGACGCGAGGCUGUACGCGAGGCAGCGGGAGGCGGAGGCCCUGGCCAUGGUCGGCAAGGCCAAGGCGGAGUACGUGGCGUUGAUGCUCCAGGCGCUCGGCGGCAACUACGGCGCGCUCCGGGACUACCUCAUGAUCGACGGCGGCGUGUACCAGGAGAUGGCGCGCAUCAACGCCGGCGCCGUGAGCGGCAUGCAGCCCAAGAUCAGCAUCUGGAGCAACGACGACGUCGGUGGCGCCAAUGGGGGCGGCGAGGGUGGUGCCGGAGCGAUGCAGCAGAUGGCCGACGUGUACAAGAUGUUGCCGCCGUUGCUGUCGACGGUCCACGAGCAGACCGGCAUGCAGCCGCCGCCGUGGAUUGGUUGCCUGCCAAACUGAUAUACUCCUGUACCGUACCUAAAUGUUAACGUUUAACGUGGUUGAUUUUGUUUAUACAUAUUUAACUUUUCGUUUUAUU